AUGUCUGCGGGUGGUCAGGGUUUCUUCACUCGUUUCCUCGGGUAUUAUCGUUCCAAUAGCUCUGGAUGGCGAAAGGGCUGCUAUCGGACGCUAGCUGUAGUUGGCGCUACCGCCGUCGGAGCUGCCGUCUUGGCAACUCCAGUUCUGGCUACCGAGCUGGUUGCACACCCAACCAAAUUACCUUGGCCACAAGACGGACUUCUUGCUUCGCACGACCAUGCAUCCCUGCGUCGUGGUUACCAGGUUUAUAAGCAAGUUUGCGCCGCCUGCCACAGCAUGAAGUUUAUGUCCUAUCGUCAGCUGGUUGGCCAUGUUCUCACAGAGGAUGAAGCCAAGGCCGACAGCGCUGAGAUUUUGGUGGAAGAUGGACCGGAUGACACAGGCAAAAUGUUCCAGAGGCCCGGUAGACUGUCAGACUUGCUGCCGUCUCCCUACCCUAACGCGGAAGCUGCCAGGGCAGCUAACGGAGGUGCUCUACCGCCCGACCUCACCUUCAUCGCCAGAGCUCGGCAUGGUUUUGAGGACUACAUCUUUCACUUGCUCACUGGUUUCUGCGAUCCACCGCCUGGUCGAAAGCUCGACGAUAACCAGUACUACAAUCCGUACUUCCCGGGCGGCGCACUUGGCAUGGCACCGCCACUCUAUGAUGAGGCUAUUGAAUAUGACGAUGGCACUCCAGCCACUGUCAGCCAGAUGGCUAAGGAUGUGGUCUGUUACCUCUCCUGGAGCUCUGAACGAAAUCACGACAAGCGAAAACGCAUCCUAUUUAAAGUCAGUAUGGUAGUCUGUUUGGUGUUUCCACAUGUGCUGCUCUACCGUAUUUUCAUUCUCUCGAGCUGGCGCGCAGCAACUCUCCUCCAAGCGAUGUGUUUGCGCGUUUUAUUUUCGUAG